AUGACGGAGACUACGACGACUACUCAUAAACAUCAAACAUUUCCAGUCGAUGGGUUUGAGAAUGACUUUACGCUGGAAUUGAUGUUGUUCGAACAAGUGACCAACGCGAAAGAGAUUUCGGAUUCGAUAAAAUCGGGAAGUUUUGACGUUGAAGUCGCGCUGAUGAAUCCAAAAACGAUAUUCACGGAAAAUAUCGUUCGAUUAGCGACGUUUAAAGCGAUCGCAUCGAUGGAAACGAAGUGCAUGGUUACGAGAACAUUACACUCUGAAAUCAUAUUCAAUGCGUCGCCGAAAACAAACAUAAACGAAGCGUUUCGAAGGUUCGGGGCUGGACCAGACUCGACAGCGAUAUUAGUCGCGCGGGUGUGCGAUAAAAAGAAGGAACAAAUAGUAGUAGACACGGGUAAUAGUAGUAAUAGUAGUAAUAGUGAAGAACACAUCAGAGAAAAAGUUAGGAAAUGGAUCGAUGGGAAAGAGAUUGCGGCGACGAGAGAAAACUUACAACGCUUCGCGGACACAAACGCGAUUAAGAAAUAUUAUAAAAUAGACGCGGCAGAGCUGAAAAUAGCAUCGCUGGAAGACGGCGUGCUCAUGCGCAUAGGUGCCAGAGAAGUAAUUUGA